AUGUGCGUCUUUGUCGUCUGCUCACGCUGCUGGGUUCCAGUUUUAAACCUAGGCCUGUGUAUGGCUUCCGAAUACUGCUGCCUCCACCGCCACCCUGCGCCAUGUGCCUCUGUCGUCUGCUCACGCUGCUGACGGCUUCCGCUUUUUAACCUAGGCCUGUGUAUGGCUUCCGAAUACUGCUGCCUCCACCGCCACCCUGCGCCAUGUGCCACUUUUGGGUCUCCUCACACUGCUGCCAGGUCCAGAGUGUGUCAUGGGUCCCUGUACGGCCUCCCAUUGCUGCUGACUUCAUCGCCAGACUCUGCCAUGUGCCACUUUCAGGUCUCCUUACACUGUUGGUGGGUUCCAUUUUGUGAUAGGGUGCUG